CAGCCAGCGUGGAAUCAUGUUGCGUUCGGUUUUUUCGUAAUUAUUUUUUUCAUAUUCUAGUUAUUAUUAAUUUAACGAACUGUUUAGUUUUAUUGUGAAGUCGAAGUGCCAUAGAAGUUAGCGUUAAGAUAUUAUUACUUUCACAAUGGAAGUGAACAGACAUGUUUUUAAAAUGUUUUUCCUGUUUAUUUUAUUGUUUUGUGUCGGAUUGGUAAACAGUCAGGAUAAAGGGGAGAAAUGUUUACUUGUAAGCGGCUCCGAUGGUAUAUGUAAGAAUAUAAGAAACUGCCCUAAAGCUAUAGAAGAUAUAAAGAACCGAAAAAUACCUCAGACAUGCGGCUUCUCCGGGCUAGACACAAUAGUCUGCUGUCCGACUGAGUCUCCGGCUACCCCGGCUACUGCCAGGCCCGUGACAGCUACCACCACCAGCACCAGGCCUCUGGCUACCACCACACGGAGAGUAAAAACUACCACAGAGUACACUCCGACUGAGCCAGAUUACGUGGACAACAAUGGUGGCACCAGCAAAGACGGGUGCGAGGCUCUGUCACCCUCGCUAACUUCAAAGAAGACAGGCAGGAAAGCCUGGGACAAGUGCAUUGAAUACCAAGAGAAGUUUGUCUACCCCUGCGAGCCAGGUGUGGCACUCAUCAGGGAUGUGACCCGGGUCAACCAUUGUAUGCACAACGCUGAUGAACUCAUAGUUGGUGGAGUAGACGCCGCCACGGGGGAAUUCCCUCAUAUGGCGUUGCUCGGCUAUGGAAAUUACCUACUUUCAGCAUCGUGGUUAUGCGGGGGCGCCAUUUUGAGCGAGAACUAUAUAUUGACAGCCGGACACUGUCUUUUUCACAGAGAUCUUGGACCAGUCACCUACACUAUGAUCGGUAUAUUGAAGAGAACAGACGAUAUAGACUCAUCCAAGGUGUAUAAGGUUAAAAAAUCAGUUAAAUACCCUGAGUAUUACCCCCCAGGAAAGUACAACGAUAUAGCUCUUUUGGAGACGGAGAGGCCAAUGAAACUAGGCCCGUACGCAGUCCCCGCUUGUCUCGACGUAGGAGACGUGAAUGAUGACAGAGUCUUGGCCACAGGCUGGGGACGCACCACAUACGGGGGUGAUUUGUCUGAUACCCUACAAAAAGUAACUCUCACCAAAUUCACCAACGAAGAGUGCUCGGAUCACUUUCCUCCAGAAAGAAAGAUGAAGCAAGGGUUGAACGAGUCCACACAAAUAUGCUACGGAGACAAAACUAUGUCUAAAGACACUUGUCAGGGCGACAGCGGGUGCCCGAUUCAGAUAAAGAACAGUAAAAUCCACUGCAUGUACACAAUAGUGGGAGUGACAUCGUUCGGCAGGGCUUGCGGAUACGUGGGCCAGCCGGGUGUUUACACGCGCGUGGAGUAUUACACGCCCUGGAUAGAGUCUGUUCUGUGGCCGGAUCAGUAGAGCUGAUAAACUGGCUAGUUUAGGAUGUACUAGGUACAAUGUCUUUGCCUUACAUUACGUCUUUAAUAAAUAAAAACU